AUGUUCAAAGUACUUAUUGAAGUUCAUGCAAUAGAUGAACAUCAACUGCAUGUCCAAGCGGAAGUUGCUAUGGCUGCGGAAAAAUUGCUGCAACUCAAUUUGAGCUUUGCAAAUACAUCAACCACGGAAACUGCCACCAUGGCUACUACAGAUGAACAUUAUGAUAUUUAUGACCAGCUAGCAGCGGCAGCAGCAUCGGCAUACACUACUAAUAUCCAGCAACUACCUCAGCCAAAUAAACGUUUGCAAAAGCUCAAAAAACUCAAGAUCAGAGAAAUACAAUCCUUAGCAUUAGAGGGUGGUGACACGGGGCGAGGUUAUUGCUCAUGUGAUGAACAGUGGACUGGUUCGACAACAUCAUCAUCAUCAUCAUCACCGGCAUCAACAUCACCACCAAAAUCGCCCUGCAAUGCAACAUCAUUGCUGUCAAUGGUUGCUGCACCCGCAUCCGCAUCUAUAUCGUCAUCAGCAACAGCUUCUAAUGCUCAGGCAACAAUGUCACCACUACCAUCUCAAAUACAAACAUCAGCACCGGCAUCCCCAACCACAAUAUCCACAUCGGCAUCAUCUUUAGCUCUAUUGCCCCAUACCAUAAGCUCUGAGGCCUAUGCAAAGACUUCCGAAACAGGAAGUGGCAUAAAUGAAGCGACGACCAACGGAAGCGGAUACAGCAGAACAAGCAAACAGCAUCAAAAUCAGCCAUCAACAUUCACUGGUUCCAUGGCACCAACAACAUCCACAUCAGCAGGCCUACUAAAACAUCAUCAGCAUCAUUCGCUUACUACGGCCAAUGAUUAUGGGUCGAAAGCCCUCCAAACGGCUGUGGAUAAAAUUAAUGAGAGCAACUUUGUUGUUUUAUCGUCAUCGUUGGCGGCGGCACCACCUCUCCCAUCAUCCUCUACGCUCACUGGUCCAGGUAGCAUAAAAACCAUAACAUUAAGGCGUAAUCCCAUAGGAGCAACAACAGCACGUCUAAAACAACAGCAUCAUGUACGUUUUUCCGAUGAGAAAAAUUUCUCUGAUUAA